CGAAUUAUGAUGACACGUCCAGGGACUUGUUCCGGUGGAUUUUGUCUCACUGGAGUUGUGAUUGAUAGAAAUCGUCCUCGACUAAUGAUUUCUGCCUCUUCCGUUCCAAAAGAUUUAAUCGUGCAAUGCCAGGUUUUUUCUAUUUUUCAUGCUUUCUUAAGAUAUUUCUAG